CCUUCUCAUAGAUAUUGGGUGCAUCUGUAAUUUGAAGUUGUUACAGCAUAACAUAAUAGUUUAGAUACACUUGCUUUUAGAGCCAUGACAGUAUUGAACCAAGUUUUAUGUAAAGGAUAAUAAUAAACAUGUAAAAUCUAAGACCAGAAAAACAAUAUUCAAAAUUGUCAUUAUUGACAAGCAGGUUAAAAUGUCUAAGCGAGGUGCCGAUGAAGGUGGCAACGGCAGUAGCCAGCCACCGAUCAAGAAGGUUCAUUUCGAACCCCAUCUUAUAGGACCUGUUUCUACCUUGGAAGAAAUGGACAUUAAAGUUUUACAGUUUCAAAACAAAAAAUUAGCUCAGAGGAUAGAACAACGACAUAGAUGUGAAGCAGAGCUCAGGGCUCGAAUAGAGCAGCUUGAGAAACGUCAAACACAAGACGAUGCUGUCCUCUGUGUAGUUAACCGUUACUGGAAUCUCUUGAAUGAAGACAUCAGAGUUUUACUGCAGCGUUUUGAUGCAGAAACAGCUGAUGAAUCAGAAAACAAAAAUGAGAAUGAAGCCACAACAUCAUUUUUAAUGCAGCUGUCAACAUGGGACAAGGAAGAGUUAGAUGCACAAUUGGCUAACAGAGUGCAAGUUAGCAAAAGAGCCGUUGCUAAAGUAUUACAAGCAUUUGAUCGCCUACAACAGAGAAAUGAUAAAAUUUGGCGUGCAAUCAAGGGUGAUGGAGACGAAGGUGGGGCAGCCCCAUCGUUGGAUGCGACAGUUCGUGCAGCCAACGAGGAAGUGACGGCCGAAAAUCGACGUCUGCAGGGACUUUGCACCGCGCUACACGAGGCGCACCACGCCAUGACGUUGCGAGUCGCCGCAUUACAUGACUCCCUCAACAGCCGGGAUACUGAGAAUGCUGAGCUCAAAAAUCAAAUUGAUGACUUGCAGUACGAAUUGAUGAAGGUUCGAUCCCGCAACGACAAGCUCGAAAACCACUUGGCCGAGGCGAUAGAGAAGCUGAAGAGUUACCAUCAGUCGGGCGUGACCACGGCGGCCAGUGCUCCCGCGCACUCGGGCGCCGCCGCCGCCAAGCUUGAGGACGUCGCCGCCGAGCUCGAGGAGCAACGGGAGCUGGCCAACAAUCGCCUCGCCGAACUCGACCGACUGCAUCGCCAGCAUCGGGACACGCUCAAGGAAGUCGAAAAACUUAAGAUGGACAUCCGACAACUGCCUGAGUCAGUUAUAGUAGAGACUACAGAAUACAAAUGCCUGCAGAGUCAGUUCUCGGUCCUUUACAAUGAGUCUAUGCAGAUGAAGACAGCUUUGGAUGAAACACGACUCCAGUUGCAGAACGCUAAGAACUUGCACAUGCGACAGAUUGAAAUGAUGGAGAGUGAAGAAUUAUCGCGUCAAAAAGCGCUCCGAGCAGAAAUGAUUCAGUUGGAGGAUGUAUUGGGGCAGUUGCGAAAAGAGUAUGAGAUGCUGCGCAUAGAAUUCGAGCAGAACUUAGCCGCCAACGAACAAACGGGACCCAUCAACAGGGAGAUGCGACAUCUCAUUACUUCCCUGCAGAAUCACAACCAACAACUGAAAGGCGAGGUACAUCGUUACAAGAGGAAAUAUAAGGACACCAGCCAAGAACUAAAUAAGGCUCGCAAAGAGGUGGAGGAGGCCAACACUCGUGGCGGAGAGCGCGGCGACGAGAAGCCCCUCACUGUCAAGAAGGAAGAACCCGACCCCGAGGGCGAUGACGUCACUUGCGGCAACAGCGCGGGCGAGACGAAGUUGCCUCUCUCCAAAGAUCACGGCCGCGCCAAGAUGCAGGAGCAGGAACAAAUAAUCAAGGAUCUCAAACAACAAUUGAAAAAAGCAGUGAAUGAGCAGAAAGAGUUGAAGUUACUCUUGGACAUGUACAAAGGAGUCAGCAAGGAGCAGCGGGACAAGGUUCAACUGAUGGCGGCCGAGCGGAAGGCUCGACAGGAACUCGAGGAUCACCGGCAAAAAGCCAAGAUGGCACAGGAGAGUAAACGAGAGCGUCGCAUGGCGGACGAGGAUGCGCUGCGUAAGAUCAAGCAGCUUGAGGAGCAGAAAUACGAACUGCAGAAGCAGUUAUCCUGUGCGAGGCCCAAUGCUGACGCCCUGCAUGGCUUCUCCAGGCCCUUCGCUGGAUCACCUGAAGAAGAAGCAUUACUGAACGAAAUGGAAGUGACGGGUCAGGCCUUCGAAGACAUGCAGGAACAGAACUCGCGUCUCAUCCAGCAGCUGCGGGAGAAAGACGACGCGAAUUUCAAGCUCAUGUCGGAGAGGAUAAAGGCGAAUUCAUUACAUAAAUUGCUGAGAGAAGAGAAACAACUACUACAAGAACAGGUCAUAACUCGCGACCAGCAGAUAGAGUCAAUGGGCGCGGUGGCGCGGCGACUCGAGGAGAAGGAGCGGCUACUGCAGGCCACGCUCUCCGCCGUCGAGAAGGAACUGUUGCUCCGGCAGCAAGCCAUGGAGAUGCACAAGCGGAAGGCCAUCGAGUCUGCGCAGUCUGCGGCCGACCUCAAACUACAUCUCGAGAAGUACCACGCUCAAAUGAAGGAAGCGCAGCAGGUCGUGGCCGAGAAGACGAGCGCUCUUGAAGCCGAAGCGUACAAGACCAAAAGACUACACGAGGAACUUGCAAUAUUACGGCGAAAAGCGGAGAGGAUGAAGAAAAUGGAACAAGCCGGCAGCAGCAUGGACGAGGUCUUACUCGAGGAGAUCCGCGAGUACAAGGAGACGCUCACCUGCCCCUCCUGCAAGGUGAAACGCAAAGACGCGGUGCUAACGAAGUGUUUCCACGUGUUCUGCUGGGACUGCCUCCGCACUCGCUACGAGACCCGCCAGCGCAAGUGCCCCAAGUGCAACGCGGCCUUCGGAGCCAACGACUACCAUCGCCUCUACCUCUCCACCUAGACGGUACGCACCACACUGUUACGUCUACUUGUACGCGGUCCCGUCUGGACACGUGUCCUCCCCGCGGGCUCGACCAGCCGGAGGGCCUCAGCCGACUUGGACUGUCGGAGGAUGACUGCGAGACCAGUUGAAGGGACGCAGACUAUUUGUUAAAUCACACCAGAAACUUGAUUAAAACCGUUCAAUUUGUUAAUUAUUAAAUAGUAAAAAUUGAACAACAUUCUGAAAAGUUAAGGGCGAUUUACAUCGCUCCAGUGAUUGGUGAUAGUCGAUAUUGAACAAUUUCACUGGAUCCUUGUGUACACAUGUCACAUGAGUAAGAAUUUCAUUUUGAAAUUAAUAUAAUAGCAUAAUAUAAAUAAUAAUAAAAGAUCAGUGUCGCGAUGCCACAAACAGUUAAAAGGAUGUAUUAUGCGACGCGCAAUGGACAGCGUCCGUCGGAGCCUUCGCAAUGCUGUCGUCUGUCACUGGAUCGAUGUAAAUUUGCAUUACGGACUGAUGCGCUAACAGCCGCGACACGAGUGUACAGAGACUGGCUUAUUGUUAGUGUUUAAUACAUAGUUUAUUUGUGUAAAUAUGACUCCAAUAUCUUGACAGGAUAAAAAUCGAUUCAGUACUUACCUAUGUUUAAUUGUAUAAUUUAUUUGUAAAAGCUUCGCCUUCUGUACUUUUAAGCGUGUUUGUUUAUUAUUGAAUAAAGAUCGAGCGCGUGUGGUCGACGACCCGUUCAACUCUAACUGUACUAGAAGAUCGAUAACUGUUGACAGCCGUCGCGACACUUAGUUUCUGAGAGUUUAAUGUUGAUUAAUUGUUCGACAUCAGUACGCUUAGUGUGAGUUUUUUAACGUUCUCGAUAGCGUAAAAGUUAGCUCAAAGUUUGCAGUUGGAACAGCGCCCCUAGCGGCAAACCCAGGCAAACGUUCCGACUGCAUACAAAUUUGAGUUCACUUUUACGUUAUCGAGAACGUUAAAUAACUCGCACUAAGCACACUGAUAUUCCAUUAGUUCUAUUGUCCGUGAUGAUUGUAAUUAUUUGGUAAGGUAGGUCGUCGGCGUUUUGCGUGAAUGUUGAAUGAGACAGCCACGCCGGUCGCGGCGGCGCGAAGCGGCGACUUCGCCCCCGGGCGCGCGCAGUGUACAUAUUGGUUUAACUUCGAUCUCGCACCAUUCACCUCAUUUAUGUGAUCCCAUUUUCCGACGAAUCGUAUCGUUUAAAACGAGAUUUUAAAUAUGAUAUCCGUUUGAUGCAAUAAAAUAGUAAUCGUAAACCUGUCAUAUUGUUGUCCUCGUAUGUACACGAAAGUGGAGUUGUUUAAAGUUUUGGUAUUUUAAAACAUUUCCAUCACAUCUUAGCUGUUGACGGGUAUGCUUCAAAGUCGAUUGUAUUGAUUAAUAUAAUCAGACUUGCAUGAUUUAAUCCGAAAACAUUGAUGUUAAUGAAUAGUUAAAAUAUCUUUGAAUAAAAAUACACUGAUUCGAAAAAGUUAUGAGUUUACAUGAACGAUGACGUAUUUUCAUAUCUUGUCAUAGAAAAACAAUGUUGUAAUGUAGCAGUCGAUAUUGUCCUUACCGUGAUAGUUAAGUAACUCUUUGACUGACAUUAUUUAUAUAUUUAGGUUUUAUUUCUCACCGGCCUUGCAUUUUUAGCAAAAGAUCUAGGAGAUCAACAUUAAAUUGGCAAUGUAAGAAGUAUCUAAUUAUGAAAUGUCUAAACUGCAGGUGAAUGAUUAUGAAGUGUUUUUUUUUUCGUCUAAAUAGUUUAUUAUUUAGAAUACAAGAAAUAGAGAACUUAUUUUAUUCACUCGUUAUAAAAUAUGUAUCAUAAAUCAUAAUACACAUUUGUUUCAUAGUCAGCCUGGAAGUAAAAUUAUUUAAGAUAAUGUGCUGUAAAAAUCAAGGGAACAAUUUAUUUGACAGUAUUUAGUUUAUUAUUUAUAAACGCGAUUGUUUCUACUCGUGUACUUGUUAAGUUUAAGUCGAUAACAACAACUGUGAGCGCACGCGAGCGUGUCUCCUCUACAGCUGUAAUAAUUAUUUUUAAGUAGGUAAAUUUUUUGUAACGACAUGCUUUUUAUAUUAUGUAUUAUUGUUUUUAAAUCUUACUUCGAAAAGGAAUAGUUUAUGUGUAUCUUGUAAAGGAUAGUUCUAGAAUAUAGUUAAUGAGACUUGAAUUUUCUAUAAUACGUCAAAGCAUUAAAAACGUUUUUUUUUCUUUCCAAAAAUUACUUUUCGAGAAAAUAAAAUAAUUGAGAGCAAUAACCACGUAAAUUUUAAUUUUUUCGUUGAUCCAUACGUUUGAUCUACCCUGAAUUUGUCAUUAGCUUUUACUUAAAGUUGUAAAUUGUGAAACAAAGUUUGAACUUAAAUUGUAAAUGUGUUGAAUUAUGUGAAUUAAACGUCUCAAAUAUAAAUUA